AUGGACCGGCCGGAGAAAUUCGGCGUGGGCGGUGGCAGCAGGGGACGUGCUGAGGGUGGAGUCGGAGGUGGAGAUGGUGGAGGAGAUGGGGGUGGAGAGCCUAUGAGAGAACAGGGGGUCGACGCAGCACGGUCGAUGAGAGAACGCCUAGCGGGUUUGCAGUCACAGCUGACAGUGGCACAAACUCAAUUGGCAGAGCGAGACCAACAACUAGCAGAGCUUAGGGCUGAGCGAGAUCGUCGGCUUGUGGAGCUCAGAGCAGAGCACGAUCAUCAGGUCGCGACGAUGAGGGCAGAGCAUGAUCAUCAGGUUGCAGCGAUGAGGCUAGAGCGAGACACUCUUCAGCAAGAGGUUCUCCAUCAGACGAGAUGA